AUGUCGCGUCUCUUUGAAGACCACUCGCCAGAGACUGGGCACGAGCCCGAGCCAGAGUCCCUGACCUCCUCAAUCCUGUGGAUGCUUUUCGUACGCACUUCGGGCAUGCUCAUCGUCGCGGCCAUCAUGGGCCUCCUCAUCUACCGCCACCGUGGCCGCGACAACGACGACUACCCCGUGUGGCGCGCCGCGGCGCCGAGCGCGGUGCUCGACUCGUACGGCAUCGACCGCGAGUCCGUGAGCGUGAAGGAGGGCGACCUCAAGGGCCUCCUCUGCUCGCCCAACAAAGACAUCAGCACCCUCAAAGACCUCCUCCUGUACGCGGCGGACAAGCACAAGGGUGCGCGUGCGCUAGGGCAGAGGAAGUUGAUCAAGGAGCACAGGCAAAAGAAGGUCAUCAAUGGCGAGGAGAGGGAGUGGACGCUCUACGAGAAGAGCCCCUACGAGUGGCUCACCUACAGCCAAGUCCUCACCCAGGUCAAGCAGCUCUCGUGCGGCAUUCUCGCCCUCGGCAUCAGACCCCAACUGCCGGUGGCCACGGCCUACGCCAGUCUAGGCAAGAAGGGCCUCUCGCACGCGCUCUCCCAGACCGAGAGCCGAGCCCUCUUCACUCACGCCUCCCUCUUCAAGACUGUGCUGAAGAGCCUCAAGAAGUGCGAAACGCUCCAGUACGUGUUCUACGUAGGCGAACCGGAUGAGCAGGAGAUGAAGGAGCUCGAGCAGGCCCUCACCAAGCGGGUCCAGAAGGCCGUCGACAUCGAGACCCGCGUCCUCACCUUCGACAAGCUCAUCAAGAUCGGCAAGUACAACAUGAGCGAAGCGGUGGAGGACCCCAGCCCCGACGACAUUGCGCUGGUCAUGUACACGAGCGGGGCCACGGGCACGCCCAAGGGCGUCCUGCUUUCUCAUGCCAACUUUGUUGCCUCGGUGGCGGGCUAUGCCUCCGAUCUCGAGGGCAGCUUCGACCCCACCAUCGAUAAAUACCUGGCCUACCUGCCCCUGGCGCACGUCCUGGAGUUCACCGUGGAGCAAUUCGCCAUCUACCUGGGCAUUCCGAUUGGCUACGGCGUACGCCACCCUGGGACGGAGGAUACCGAUGCGGCGCAUGUGGGUCUGACGAACCCGCGCUCGCUGACGGACAGCAGCAUGAAGAACUGCAAGGGCGACGCCAAGGAGCUGCAGCCGACCAUCAUGGCCGGCGUGCCGGAGGUGUUCGAGCGCAUCAGGAAGACCGUCGAGGCCCAGGUCAACAAGCAGGGCCUCUUCGCCAAGUACCUCUUCCGCCUGGCCUACGCCUUCAGGAGCAAGCUCAUCGAGUACAGCACCAACGUCCCGUUCCUGGACCAGCUGGCGUUCAGGAAGGUGAAGCAGGAGCUGGGCGGCAAACUCAAUUUCGUGGCCUCUGGCGCUGCGCCCCUGUCCAAGAACAACCAGAUGUUCCUCCGCGCGGUUAUGGUACGAUGGCCAGCUCUCAACCGUGACAAGUCGUCGAUCUUUGCUCCGUUGCGCACCACUGACCCGCUCACCGAAACCGCGGGAGCGGGAACGCUGCAGGCCUACGACGACCCGACCUUCUCCAACGUGGGCCGUCCCAACAUGUGUUGCGAGAUCAAGCUCGUCGACGCGCCGAAGAUGGGCUACACCACGGACGACGAGGAGGGACCUGCUGGCGAAAUCCUUAUCCGCGGGCCCAACGUGUCGCGCGGCUACCUCAAGCUCGACGAUAAGACUAAGGAGGACUUCAAGAACGGUUGGUUCUCGACGGGCGACAUCGGUCGUUGGAUCGACGGCCGCCUGUACAUCGUCGACCGGAAGAAGAAUCUCGUCAAGCUCUCGUCCGGCGAAUACAUCGCGUUGGAGAAGCUGGAGACGCUGUACAAGGAGAGCAGCCUGGUGGAGAACGUCAUGAUCCACGCCGACACGGAGGAGAACGUACUCAUCGCCGUCGUGCAGCCGUCCAAGAAGGCCGGUGACGACGAGGACGCCUUCAAGAAGGAGUUCGAGGCCAUCGCCAAGAAGAACAGUUUGUCCAAGGUGGAGCGGAUCGGGCGUGUGAUUCUCGAUCCGGAGCCGUGGACGCCCGAGAACGGGCUGGUGACGGCCACGGCCAAGCUCAACCGCCAGGAGCUCGAGAAGAAGUUCGAGUCCCAGCUCGAAGGCGGUGGCAAGGGGAAGAAGAAGGGCGACGGCAAGGCCGGGAAGCAGGAGAGGUGA